AUGGACGAAAAGCAAGACACUCGAGUGUCGAUAAACUCCAUGAGUUCUGGCGACUCUCGAUCCGACGUGGAGCACACCGAGGAGAAUCACGAGCUGCUUGACAAGGAUGAACGGGAAGCACAGGACCUCGAGGCACAGUCACCCGUCGAACCAUCAUCACCUCCACCGGUCGAGUACAGUGUCUCGACCAGCCGGAAACUCUUUUAUCUCGGCCUAUAUUUCCUUCUCAACCUCGCCGUCACCCUCUCCAACAAGGCACUCCUACGAAGUGCAUCAUAUCCAUGGUUAUUGACAUUUGCCCACACAUUUGCGACUUCAAUAGGAUGCACGGCACUGCUUGUGACUGGCCACCUCAAGCUAUCGAAGCUUACCGUUCGCGAGAAUCUGGUUCUGGUUGCGUUUUCCACAUUGUUCACCCUCAACAUUGCGAUUAGUAAUGUCUCUUUGGCUCUCGUGUCUGUUCCAUUUCAUCAGGUCAUGCGCUCCACCUGCCCGCUGAUGACCAUUCUCAUCUACAAAGUUGCCUAUGGCCGCACCUACUCCAACGAAACAUGGAUUUCGAUGAUUCCGCUGAUCCUCGGAGUUGGUCUGGCAACGUUUGGCGACUACCACUUCACCAUGCUGGGGUUCACGCUCACACUCUUUGGCGUAAUCCUCGCCUCAAUCAAGACAGUCGCAACGAACCGCUUGAUGACCGGCUCCCUCAAACUGUCCGCCAUGGAGGUCCUCUUCCGGAUGUCACCUCUGGCGGCGAUUCAAUGCUUGGUGUACGCGGGAGGAAGCGGUGAGAUGAGCCGUUUCCAAGCGUCAUACUCUGAGGGAGUGUUCACGACGGGCCUCGUGGUCUUCAUUGUGUCCAAUGCCGCCAUGGCAUUUGGCCUAAACCUGGUGUCCUUCCAGACCAACAAGGUCGCGGGAGCUCUCACCAUUUCCGUCACCGGAAACGUCAAGCAGUGCUUGACUAUCGUCCUGGGGAUCGUGCUCUUCAACGUCAGGAUAGCGCUCCUGAAUGGUGCGGGCAUUUUCAUUGCAGUACUUGGAGCCGCCUAUUACUCAAAAGUAGAGUUGGAUCGCAAGCGCCUUUCUAGCUAG